AUGGUUUAUUCUAAAGGGCGUGAGUUUCGUGUAGCAGUUCAAAAGGAAACUAUUAAAGCUUUUAAAGAUCGCGGUUAUACUCAUGCAGAAACUAAAAAAUAUGUUGCGCUUGACGGACCAAAAAUAGCGGCAGAAACUAAGAAAGCAAAAUUUUACAAAAAUGCUUCUAUCUUGGCUCGGGAAGUUGUGGCUGAAAAGCAAGAAACACCCACUACUGAAGUAGUAAAUAUGGACUGUCUUCUUGAGGCAUUAAAACUAAAAAGGCACGGUUUCAACCCUAUAGUACUGAACAUGGCAUCAAGCACAAAUGUUGGAGGUGGAUACAAGUCUGGUGCAGGAGCUCAGGAAGAAAAUCUUUUUCGUCGUACAAAUCUUUUUGAAUAUCAUGAACGUAAAAAAUAUGAAUGGUAUCCUAUUCCUGAAUUUGGUGGAAUUUAUUGUCCUAACGCCACAGUCAUAAGAUCUAGUGAAGCAGAUGAAUAUUCAUUCUUGGAAGUUCCUGAAACAAUGUCUUUUGUGGCUGUAUCCGCUUUGCGUCGCCCAAAAAUUAUUUCAGAUUCUUCUGGUGGACACACGUUAUAUCCUGAAGCGAAAGCCAAAGCUCGUAAAAAAAUCCAAGCCAUUUUGAACAUAGGCUUAGAAAAUGGCGCAUAUCGAAACCCUCCGGAUGUUAUCGCACAAUUAUUUUAUGAGGUAAUCUCGACAGAGUAUGCUGGUGGUGGAGAGAAUUUACCACGAACUUAUCGACAUAUAUCUUUUGCCAUCAUUGACGAUCACAAUGCUAAUAAAAAACACAACACUGAGGGGAAUUAUAUGCCAUUUCAUCGAAGAUUUGCUGAGGGAAUUAUUGUAUAA